UACUGAGACAACUAGGCACAGUUUAGCACACCGAUACAGCAUACCGUCGGCCCCGCUGUAAGUGAUGCCGAACUAAGGAACACUUUCACCCAAACUCCUUUGGGGGACAGAACACUACCCAGGCUACAGUUCAUUUAUGUGUUAUUUUUUGUUGUUGCUGUAUAAUAACCUUUACAAAAAUGAAAACAGUGCUGUCAGAAUUGAAGUUUUCAGACAUCGUACCAAACUGUUUCCUUUUUGCGCGUUCUUAGAUGGAAGUUUAUGCGCUUGUUAAAAAGCUUUAACACAUGCUGAGUGAAACGAUCUUCCAUACAAGCGGUUUUCACCAUUUAUAUCAGGAGAAAACAUUUAAAACACACACACACGUAGGGCUAGGGAUAUUGCAUGUGACUCAAUCAACUUGGACCAUCAGCAUCUCUCCUGCCGCCCGUAAUUGAACCACGCUUAACUCAAGAUAUCUGAAGAGGAAUUACGUCGGCUCUUCGAGUUACAAAGUUAUUCUGCAAGAAAUGCUUUUUUUGCCUUUUGAAUGUGGACCAUAGACUUUUUAGGACAUGGAUCAUUUUCUGUAGCGGAUAACCCUAUUGAUUUGCGUUUUAUUUGACUCCCGCUACCAGAACAGGAUCUUUUUCUCUCCCCUAUUCCACUUCAGUGUAAUUCUGUGGCACUUCUUCUAAAGCAGUGAUGUCGCUACGUGACGGGAAUUGCGAUUGAUUUUACAUAUUCUGUUUCAAAGGGAUUUAAGAGUUGCAUCCUUACAAGGAAAGCUCCCAUCCUCUAUGAUUAUGGACUUAGCAAGUCAUGCUCAUGUGUUGGUGGUGUUGCUCACCUGCCUGGUCUUGCUGUCCUGGGCCCAAGAGAAGGACUACACGGUGAGGGAGGAGCAGCCCGAGAACGUCCGCAUCGGGAACCUGCGGAAGGACUUGGACCUGAACCUUGACCCUGACUUCAAGCUGACCUCGCCACUGCAGUUUAAGCCUGUCUACAAAACGGGCGAUGUGCCUUUGGUGAGGGUAGAGGCCAACACCGGGGAGAUCUUCACCACGGCUCACCGCAUCGACCGCGAGAAGCUCUGCUCUGGAGUAUUCAACGAGAAGCGCUGCUUCUACGAGAUCGAGGUUGCCGUUCUGCCUGACGAGAUCUUCCGUCUGGUCAAGAUCCGGUUCCUGAUUGAGGACAUCAAUGACAACGCUCCACUCUUCCAGUCCACCGUAAUAAACAUCUCCAUCCCAGAGAACACUGCCAUCAACACCCGGUACCCCGUGCCCUCUGCAUUUGACCCAGACGUGGGGAUCAAUGGGAUCCAACACUAUGAACUUGUCAAGAGUGUGAGUGAGUUUGGCCUGGACAUCAUUGAGACCCCAGAGGGAGACAGAUGGCCUCAGCUGAUCGUCCAGCAGAGCCUGGACCGCGAGCAGAAGGACACCUUCGUCAUGAAGAUCAAGGUGGAGGACGGAGGAACGCCACCCAAGUCCAGCACGGCCAUCCUCCAGGUUACCAUCUCCGACGUCAACGACAAUCGACCGGUCUUCAAGGACAGUGAGGUGGAGGUGAACAUCCCCGAGAACGCCCCCAUAGGAACCUCCGUCACCCAACUCCACGCCACAGACGCAGACCUCGGCUCCAACGCCCAGAUCCACUUCUCCUUCUCUAAUCAGAUCUCCUCUUCCACCAAGAGGCAUUUUUCCAUCGACAGCACCACCGGGCUGAUCACUGUCAAGCAGCCCUUAGACCGGGAGGCCACUCCAGUCCACAAACUCAUUGUCCUUGCCAGCGAUGGCAGCUCCACCCCCUCCAGAGCUGCUGUUAUCGUCAACGUAAUGGACAUUAAUGACAAUGUUCCGUCCAUAGACACUCGGUACAUAAUGAACCUUGUAAAUGGAACUGUUCUACUGUCGGAGAACGCACCUCUCAACACAAAAAUAGCCCUAAUUACAGUGACGGACAAGGACUCUGAUCUCAACGGAAAAGUGACUUGUUAUACUGACCACGAUGUUCCUUUCAGGUUAAAGCCCGUCUUUAAUGACCAGUUCCUGCUGGAGACUGCGGCCCCCCUAGAUUACGAAACAACCAGGGAAUAUGCAAUUAAGAUAGUGGCGUCGGAUUCUGGGAAGCCUCCUUUGAACACUUCAGCGAUGGUUUUAAUUAAAAUUAAGGAUGAGAAUGACAACGCUCCCAUCUUCCCUCAGCCUGAGAUUCUGCUGUCCAUACCAGAAAACAAUGAUCCAUCCACGCAGCUCAUAAAGAUCAGUGCCAUGGAUGCAGACAGUGGACAUAAUGCAGAGAUUAUUUAUUCUCUUGGCCCUGACGCUCCUGAUGGUUUUAACAUAGAUAGACGGUCAGGAAUCCUCUCCGUUGGAAAACGCCUGGACAGAGAGAAGCAGGAGAAGUAUUCGUUCACUGUGAUGGCGAGGGACAAUGGGUCUACUUCCCUGCAGAGCAAUGUCACAGUGAGGUUAAUAGUGCAGGACCUCAACGACAACAGCCCAGCUUUCACCCAUCCUGAGUAUAACUUCUACGUGCCUGAGAACCUGCCUCUGUACGGGACCGUGGGUCUGAUCACCGUCACAGAUUCUGACGCAGGUGACAACUCCGUCAUAACACUGUCCAUCUUGAACGGGAAAGAAAAUUUCAUUAUUGAUCCCCAGACCGGUGUGAUCAAACCCAACAUCACAUUUGAUAGAGAGCUGCAAAGCUCAUACACUUUUAUGGUGAAGGCUAUAGACGGAGGGCAACCACCCAGCACUUCAUACGCCAAGGUCACCAUAAACGUUGUGGAUGUCAAUGACAAUCGACCCGUUUUUGUUAUCCCCUCAUCCAACUACUCUUACGAUCUGGUCCAGUCUACCACCAGCCCUGGGUCUGUGGUCACCAGGGUGUUCGCGAUAGACAAUGACACUGGCAUGAAUGCUGAGCUGCAGUACAGUUUCAUUGGGGGAUCACCAAGAGGGCUGUUUUCCAUAGACAAAACAACUGGUAAUAUAACUCUGCAGGAGAAGAUAGUCUCAGCCGAUCAGGGUUUACACAGGCUAGUGGUGAAAGUCAAAGACCUGGGCCAGCCAGAGUCCUUACACGCAAUCGCCCUCAUUCACCUGUUCAUUAAUGAGACUGUAUCCAACGCUACGUUCAUUCAAGAGCAGCUACGUAAGAGCUUGGAGACUCCAUUGGACCGUAACGUGGGAGACAGUGAGGUCACACCCCAAGCCAACGGAUACGUGAUUGUUGUCAUCGCAAUUAUAGCUGGGACUAUGACAGUCAUCUUAGUCAUCUUCGUGACGGCCUUGGUGCGCUGCCGUCAGACGCCCAGGCACAAAGUGGUGCAGAAGGGCAAGCAGAGCGGCGAGUGGGUGUCGCCCAACCAGGAGAACCGUCAAAUCAAAAAGAAAAAGAAGAAAAAGAAGAGAUCCCCUAAGAGCCUCCUCUUGAACUUUGUCAGCAUAGAAGAAUCCAAGCCUGAUGAUCCCGGCCAGGAGCACAUUAAUGGAACCCUGGACCUGCCUGUGGAGUUAGAUGAGCAGACCAUGGGGAAAUAUAACUGGGCCACUACUCCGACCACCUUCAAACCUGACAGCCCAGACUUAGCCAAGCAUUACAAGUCUGCAUCCCCCCAGCCAACCUUCCAAAUCAAACCAGAGACCCCGAUGGCGCCCAAUAAACACCACGUGAUUCAGGAGCUCCCGCUAGACAACACGUUUGUGGUGGGCUGUGACUCGCACUCCAAGUGCUCCUCCACCAGCUCAGACCCGUACUCGGUCUCAGAGUGCAGCUGUCAGGGGGGAUUCAAGACUCCUGGGCAAAUCCACACCAGACAGGAGACGGCACUGAACCCACCACUCUAUGACACACUCUGUGGCUCAGGUACAAGUCGCUGCCACAGGAUAAAAAUCAAUCUCUAGCUGCCAGUACCUAGAGAGAGAAAGAGAGAGGGAGAGAGAGAGAGGGAGAGGGAGGAAGGCACAGACGAAGAGGUGAAUCUCAUACUAUGCAGUCUCCACAGUCUACAAAAACACCAACCAACAAAAAAAGGAACAUGUUAAUUUCCUUUAUUUAAUUUUUUGUUUGCCGAUAAAGAAAAAAAGUAGAACUUGAAUAAUUUUCACAGAAAUUAAGACACAUUGUUGCCUGCCUGAAACUUGACAAAAACUCUCCUUGUGAAUCCUGUAGGAGGUUUGAAAUACAUUAUCGAAAGCCACCAUUUACAGUAUCUCUUAUUAUAUCUAUCUCCUAGAUGAUGACUCACGAUAUAACCCACCCCCAUGUAUAAAAACCAUACAGUACAAAUACAA